AUGGAACCAAACCAGAUCUUGUCCCCAUCAGCACACCCUAACAUCAGAGUGGCCCCAUCAGCACCCCCUCUCGUGCUGGACAUAAGGAAGUACUACCUGGAACAAGAUGGCUGCUGCUUCUGGGUGGCGGAGUCCGGGGGACAGGUGGUCGGGACGGUGGCCGCCGCUCCUUCUCCAUUCCCCGGAGGAGAAAAGCACCUGGAGCUGAAACGUCUUUCGGUGCGCGAAAGCCACCGGGGGAGAGGGAUCGCCAAAGCCUUGUGUAGGACUAUGAUCGACUUUGCCCGGCGGCGGAGGGGCUGCGAGGCGGUGGUUUUGACGACCAGUUUAGCCCAGAAAGAUGCCCGGAAAAUGUACGAGAAAAUGGGAUUCCGACUGACGCACACUUUUUAUCGUCCGAAACCUUUCACGAAACUGCUGGACUUCAAAAUCUUGUUCUACCAGUUGGACAUCCCAGAACUCCAGUGACCCAACUGGACCCAACAAGAGCCAUGGAACCAAACCAGAUCUGUAGGCCUUGUAUUCAACGCUAGUCAAGUCUAAUAAAUAUCUUAUUGUGGUUUUCCUCUAUAAUCUCUUCAUGUAUAGAUGUACACGUGUUCUGGAAAAUACCAA